UUUGGCUGAGCCGAGGAAUCGCGGAGCUUGGCCGGAUCAACUGUUUAGAGAAUUUGAGCAGGUUCAGGAGCCUUCGAAGGAGCUCUCAAUGCAGAAUAAAACACACACAUCUUGGCAGAUUCGCUUCUUUAAAAGACAAAUACAAUUAAUUACCAUUAAGCCAUUUAGUCACUGCGGGGAUCUUUCUGCUUGCAGCUGUAUGUGCACUACCAAGUGGAGCCAACUUGGGGAAAGAAACAUUUGAAGAACAUCUCUCCAACACUUGUAUUUAUCUGAAGUGGGGUUUGGAAAGUGGCAUCAUGCCAUAUUUCAGCACACUGUGUGUGUACUUUUUGAUGGUCCUGAACCCAGUUAUGACACACACCAUCAGCGAGGACAUAGAGGUUUUGGUAUUUUUGCCACAAAAUAACUCCUACCUUUUUUCACAUACAAGAGUCGCACCGGCAAUCCUUUACGCACAGCAGAGGCUGAAGGCAGAGGGAGGACAGUACUCCGGCUUCCACUUCAACAUCCACUUUGAGAGCUCCGACUGUGUCAAUGAUGCUCUUUUUAUGUUAGUGGAAAGGUCGUGUGGGCAAAAGCCGGAUCUCAUUCUGGGUCCGGUGUGUGAGUACGAGGCGGCGGCGGUGGUGAGGCUGGCAUCCCACUGGAACAUCCCGGUGAUCUCAGCAGGUGCCCUGGCCGCCGGCUUCAGCAACAAGAACAGCGAAUUCUCCCACCUUACCCGCAUCGCUCCGUCCUACGUGAAAAUGGCAGAGACCUUCACCGCGAUGUUUGAGCAUUUCACCUGGAAGACCGCACUGUUGGUCUACGAAGACGACAAGGAGGAGCGGAACUGUUACUUCACUUUGGAGGGAGUCUAUCAUCUCAUGCCUGACUUUAACAUUAAAACAUAUGCUUUUUCUCAAGGGGAUCGCUUGGACACUGAUGACAUCCUCCAAAACAUCUAUGACACUGAAGUGGUGAUCAUGUGCAUGGGAGCAGACAAAAUACGAGAGAUCAUGCUGGCUGCACACAAACAACAGUUGACCAACGGAAAUUAUAUGUUCUUUAAUGUUGAACUCUUCAAUGCCUCUUCUUAUGGUAAUGGCUCAUGGAAGAGAGGAGAUAAAUACGACAACGAGGCAAGGCAAGCCUAUGCUUCUCUGAACACUGUGACACUGCUCAGGACAGUCAAUCCUGAGUUUGAAAACUUCUCCAUGGAAAUGAAAAAGUCCAUCAAAAAAGCUGGGUUUCAUGACUGCAAAGACUGUGAAACUGUCAACAUGUUUGUUGAGGGAUUCCAUGAUGCCAUGUUGCUGUAUGCUAUUGCCUUGCAUGAAGCCAUGAAAAGUGGAUACAGUAAGAAGAAUGGAACGGAAAUCACCUUACGCAUGUGGAACAGGACUUUUGAAGGAAUCGCUGGCCAGGUAUCCAUGGAUGUCAAUGGUGACAGAAACGGAGAUUUCUCUUUGAUGGCCAUGACCAAUGUUGAGGCAGGAACGUAUGAGGUGGUGGCCAACUACUUUGGUGCGAAUGGAACUUUUCAGCUGCUGCCCGCCUUCAGCACUGACCAUUUCACUCUGAGAAGAAGAUACAAAGCACAUGCAGAGAUAGCGGACAAAUCAUGUGGACUAGGAGUAUCAGCUUUGACUGGGGUUAUAGUGGGAGCUGUCCUGGGAGCUGCAAUGCUUAUAGCAUUCUACUUUUUCAGGAAAAACUACAGGAUUACCAUUGAGCGUCGCACGCAUAGUGAGGAGUGUGACACUGGGAAGCACCGUCAGUUGCGAGAGGACUCCAUCAGAUCGAACCUCUCAGCAGCGUAAUUGGCAGCAGCAGCAGCAGUCCCUUCACAGAGAAUAACACAUCUGAAUGUGACCAAAGACUUUGCAAUGAUUGUCAGUGGACUCAUGCUGUUAAGAAUUAGACUUUUUGUGUUUGUAACGUUUUGUAACUCAGGACAGUUUUAAUGGUCACAAAGCACCACUUCUUGGAUUUUCCUCUACACGAAGGUAUAUGAUUGUAUUAGUGAAUGGAAAGCUUUGGUCAUAAUAUUCUUUAAGGGUUUUUUUUUUUUUCAAGAAUGUGUUUUGUUUUUUUUUUGUUUGUUUUUUAAUAUUCAGAUUGUGGUUACCAUGGGUGUAAAUGAUUUAUAACAUACAGUGCAUCUAACACUACAUUGACAUGCAUUAGUUGGGUGAGAGAGAUCUACUUUUGCAUUUCCUGUUAUAGGACAAAUAUAGGUCUAAUUUUUUAUGGUCGUAAACAACAAUGCCAGAGCAAAACUUUGAGGAAAUGAUACAACUAGAGGUAACCAACUCAAAAGGGAUAUGGGCUAGAGCUAUAUCUAUAGGCUAUAAGCUACUGACAUUAAGCUACUGAUAUUUUCAUCUGACUGUAACCUUGCAGAGAUCCAGCAGCCUCCAUACAAAUCUAAUUUCAGAUUCCUAACUGAGCACACGUUGCUCUUAAAAUGAGAAACACUGCGUCACAUUUUAUCUCUUUUACGCCUACAGAUUGCCUGAUUUGCAGUAUUUCUCCUCAUUUGUUUUUGAAAUGAGUCUCUUUAAUAAAUUCAGUUGCUACCUGCAUAAGAAAUUGUGGUACUACUUUCUGAUAAGGGCUAUUUUGCAAAGUAUGCUUUAUUGAUGUUUAAUAAAUCAAUUAGUAAUGCUUUAUGAAUAACAGCAGCAAUAACAAGCCAGUAAUAAGAACAACUUGAGUUGGAUUGUGGUCAUUUGGGCGUAACGGCUAACCACCCUCCCAAUGAAUUAAAGGAAAAUUAUGAUUUAUCACAACUUGGGUUUUAUUUUCAUAGCUCUGGGCUUUUUAUCAAUGAUGAUCAUCUGAUCCUCCUACUGCUCAAGUUUGUUGCCCUGUUGGAGCUAAACAAUAGCCAGAGAUACAAAAAUAGUAGUGAAAGAAACACAUAAUGGUAUUAUUUUUCCCCUUUUUUGCAACUGAAACAUAAAGCUAGUUCCCUGCUGAAUGAGGGAACACUAACAAAAUAUAUCCUUUUUAUUAAUGGCUUAUUACUGAUACAUUUAUUAAUCAAUGUCAUUACCAAAGACAGUUCCAAAAGUUUCAAAAAAUAUAAACCCCCUAUAAAAUAUUCCUUAUCAGAAAGUGGCAUUAAACAAUUGUGAUAUUCAUGAUAGAUAAUUCCAUGUAUGUGUUAUAAAGGCAGUAUGAGAUGCUUUCCAUAAACAGUAGUGACUGCAUGAAAACCAGUAUAUUUAUUUAUUAGUGACCUUUGUAGCUCUUUAACUCUUUGUCAUUUGGGUUGCAUUAUUCAUGCAGUAUUUGAAGAGAAGGUUUUUAUAGAAACAAAAUAAAGACAGUGAACUUGGUAAAGAAUCUUCCUUAAGUUUGUGAGUUGGGACAACUAUUCUGAGGGUAAACAGGGUUAAUGUUUUUAAAUUAUUGUAUGUUGUUUAUGAUAUCGAUAUUUUGAACUAUUUUUCUCUCAAUGGAAUUUAUAGUGAUUCUAUGAAACGUAGUCGUAUUUGGUUAUGAUAUGAUGUCAUAGUUAUAACACACACACAACAAACACAACACACAUACACACACACACAGAAAGUAAGGAUAUUAAGAAAAACAUAGAAAAAAACACUGAAAUUGAUUAAAAAACAAUACAUAAAAUCUAAGAAAAAUAUUAUUUUAAGAAAAAGGAAAGCAGGAGGGGAAGUGAAAAGUUAUGAUCAAUUUGCACAUUGAGCAUAUAAAAAUGUACACACAGUACCAAUGGAACAAAACACUGCACCUUCCUGCUAGGCACAGUGUUCUCCACACAGAAAUUGAUGUAGUCUGUGAUGCAGGUUGUCAAACUGUUGAUGUCCUCUCCGUGAGAACACUUUCCGGUUGGUGGUGUCAAAGCAGUCCCUCAGUGCCAUGCUGGACUCCUCUGACCAUCUCUUCACAUGCCUAAUGGUUGGCGGUUGUUUAAUCACCAGAGGUAUGUAGGCAAGGAGCAGGUGAACCAGGUUAUUAUCAGAUCAGCCUGGUGAGAUUCAAGAUUCAAGAUUUCUUUAUUGUCCUUGAGCAUGACAUGUCAAUGAAAUUUGCAUUGCAACCCCCAUGGUGGGAAGGGAUGAAGAGAUGUAAGCAUCCUUCGUGUUUGGAAAUGAAACGGAACGUCCAGUGUUUUAUUGUCUCUGGUCUGGCAUUUGACAUACUGAAAUUGGUAAUGAAGUCGCCGACUGAGGAUGGAUCCUGUGAGGAGGUCGCUGUCCGGGAUGAAAACUGCUAAUUUGGCUUCAUAGUAGAUUGGCAAUGGGAUGGUGCUGUCCACCAGUGGUGAGAAAUCCACAGUGUCAGCAGGCUCUGUUUUUGAAGAGGGGUCCAGAUUGGGAUGAGUUGGAGGUGCAGGACUGUCGGCUGGGUGGACCACAGAGUCGUCAGACAGAUAGUGUUGGAAAGUCUUAGGCGAAGCGGUGUAGAAGCCCCACCCAAGUCUCUAUUGCAAUUACAGACUUUGGGCCAGGAUGGCUGAUGGUUAGGUGUUGAGCAGGGGAGGGCCAUGGACAAGUGGAGGGGUUGCAUAGAGAUGUGUCCUCAAUGGCUGCACUGAGAGAGGCAAUCCAUUUUGACUGCCCAAAUUCCACAUCCAUGAACAAAACCAAAAGAAUGUCUUUCUUCUGCAGUUCAGAGCUGUCAAAUUUCAGUAGCUUUAAAUUAAAACUUCCUUCCCUUAAUGCACCAGGCUUCUCCUACACUCCUGCGUGUGUUUCAUAUGUAUUCAUUAACCUUCAACCUUCAACCCAAAAAAUCGUAUGUGAUGAUAGAGCUCAUUGCCUCUGUCUCUCCUGCUUUUCAACCAUCAGUUAUGUAGUUUUGUAAUAGGGGUCAAAGUUUCUGACAUAUCUUGAGUGUUUUGGAGAUCUUCAUUUGUAGGGAAACAGGAAAAAGAGCAUUUUACACAACAGCUGGGCUCAGGAGCUGGCCGGAACAGGAGCAAGGCGUUUAUCAGUAACUGUGGUGACAGAUAUGUCCUGUCAUGUGAAGAAAUACUACAUAGUUAAGUGCUGGUGGGGGAAAGCAGUUUGAAAAAAAAAAAAAAACUAAUAUCCUGUCACAACCUUCUCUGAAGUAGGAUGCAAAAUCAGCUGAAUAA